UUUAGCUCGUGAGCAUGUUGCAGACAGGUGUGUUCUGGUAAUAGAAUGGAGGUCCCUGCUGAGGCUGAGCCAGUCCGUCGGUUUGUUGUGGGUCGCAGUGGGAAAUAUCUCUGAGCGUUAUCAAAUUCCUCAAGCUUGGCUUUGCUUGGGUGAGCUGUUAAAUUCGCCCAGGCCCAAGUCGGGUCGGGUCAGUGAGACAAUUUAUUAGGACAGAAGAUCACACAUCGCAAGCGCCCGUGUCAAUAGAGUAUGUCUGUCGGGUGCAUCCAAGCAAAUAAUAAAUAGCGUAGCACUCCAAGCUCUAGAGACAACAGCAUCCGAGCUCAAUGUGAAUGGCCGAUGGGUUUGCUGCUGUGCGUGCCUGGCGAUCCAUAUGAUUCUACUUUCGUAUUUUGUCUGGCAGUUGGGCCCCGCCGGCGUUUCUCGUAAUUCAGCUCUGUGCUCAAACCUAGUGUUAGUGAUGAUCAGUCGCCAAAACCCUUUGCAAGGGCUGCUCGCCUGUAAUUCCCUCCACCCUUGCCUAAAAAGACUUGGAGGACGACUACUCCCCCUCUUCCCCCGUCCCCACGUUCGAUACGUCGGUUCAAUCACAAAGAAAAAUACCCGAACUGGCAUCCUCCCUGAUGACCCUGUGCUAGCAUCUUUUUGUCUCUCCCCACCAGAGCCCACACCUGCACGCGCGAAACACAGACAGCAGGAUACCGUUUCCGACCGGUCUUGGCGCCCUAUUGUGAACACCCAGCGCAUCCGGUUUUCCUGGCCCAUCUUCCAGCACGCUUUUACCCAUUUCGGCGCCUGGCUUUCACCUUCUCCUCACCCUCUCACCCCUCUUCGAGGCCCGGUCUAUUCGGCAUCGUGACCCUCACAAGCCAAAGCAAGGGAGUCUUCGUUGC